GUUCUUGAAGUGUUUGGAUCGUUUGGAUUUUAUUCGCGCGUCGGUUGUACACAGAAUAACCUCUUCCAAAAUACUCCAAAACGUUUGCGCAUUUGUGUAUCAUUUUUGGAGAUUACUUGAUAACAAUAAUUCAGUAAAAUGAGCAAGGCACACCCUCCAGAGCUGAAAAAGUACAUGGACAAGAAAUUAUCUCUAAAGUUGAACGGAGGAAGACAUGUUGUGGGCAUCCUUAGGGGGUUCGAUCCCUUCAUGAAUAUGGUAAUCGAUGAGAGUAUUGAAGAAUGCAAGGAUGGAACCAAAAACAACAUAGGGAUGGUGGUGAUUCGAGGGAAUAGCGUAAUCAUGCUCGAGGCCCUCGACAGAAUAUGAUCCCUUGUACGAGCCCUCUCUCAUUACCUCUGUAAGUUAAGAUUAAUCUCCCCAAUAAUAAACCAUUGAAAUACCAAAAACA